GCGGCGGGGCUGGGCUGGGUCGGCGGCCCCGCCAUGAGGGGGGCUGUGAUCGGCCGCCUGUGCCUCGCCCUGCCCUGGGCGCUGAUGCUGCUGAUGCUGGCGGACAUUGACUCUGGCCGGCGCCCCCGGGAGACGCCGCUGCCUCCAGCAGCCAACCUGUCACUGCCCACCAUCUACGCCAUCACCCCCACCUACAGCCGGCCGGUGCAGAAGGCCGAGCUGACCCGCCUGGCCAACACCUUCCGCCAGCUGCCCAGCUUCCACUGGGUGUUGGUGGAGGACGCGGCCGGCCGCAGCCGCCUGGUGUCCGAGCUGCUCGCUGCCUCUGGCCUCCUGUCCUACACCCUCCUGUAUGUCCCCACUCCCCGCCGCUACAAGCGGGCCGGCCUGCCCCGGGCCACCGAGCAGAGGAACGAGGGGCUGCGCUGGGUCCGCAAGAACCGCUCCUCACACACGGCCGGCGUUGUCUUCUUCGCGGACGAUGACAACACCUACAGCCUUGAGCUCUUCUACGAGAUGCGUUCGACCAAAAAGGUGUCUGUCUGGCCGGUGGGACUAGUUGGGGGGCGGCGGUAUGAGCGGCCGCUGGUGGAACAAGGCCGUGUGGUGGGCUGGUACACCGGCUGGAGACCAGACAGACCCUUCGCCAUCGACAUGGCAGGAUUUGCUGUGAAUCUGAAAGUUAUUCUAUCAAACCCAAAAGCCAUCUUCAAGCGGGGUGGAUCACAGCCGGGCAUGCAAGAAUCAGACUUUCUGAAACAAAUUACAACCGUCCAUGAACUUGAGCCAAAGGCUGCUAACUGCACCAAGGUCCUUGUUUGGCACACACGGACCGAAAAGGCAAACCUCGUUUUUGAACCUAAACAGAACCAGGAUGUAAUUCACAUCGAAGUAUAGAACUGCUAUUCUCAGAAUAGAACGUGCAGGGAGCGCUGCGCCCAUCCUGGAGAACCUUCAACAAAACAGUUUACACAAGCAAUCUGUGGCAGCAGCAAGUAGAAUAAAUUAUUCUUCACUUGGGACACUUUUCCAAGCAAGAGUUAACAUCAAUUUUUUAAAACGUUGUUGUCAUCUGCAUGUUUUGUAGCACAUUUGUUCAUUUCAAUAAAAGUAUGUCACAUACAAAUAAAACAUCUUCCUCUUUCUA